UGGCUGAUGACAACGUCACUCAUUUUGAAGUCCUGUUCGCAGCCAGGAAAGCACUUAGCACAAGUUUUGGAACUCAGCCUAGUGAGCCUUCUACCUGGCCAAGGUCUUGUCCGCGGUCCCUAGCCUACAAAAACAACGCUGGUGACCGGAGAGGUCGUAACUGUUACUGAUCGAUGAUGGCCUCGCAGAAAGGGACGUUUGCUGGCGUUUUACUUUGUCUCGUCGUGUCCAUGACUGUAGCUUUAGAGGUGUCCAUCCCUCAGCGGACCUAUGAGUUCGCCAGGGGAGACAACAUCACUAUACCAUGCAGCUUCAAACCCAAGAACCCAGUCAACGAUCUGGUCAUCAUAUCCUGGUUGGCUGAAGCAGACAAACCCGGAGAGCCAGAGGUGUCCGUCCUUACCUCCUACUCUACUGGUGUCCUGGACAUCAGUGACAGGUAUGAAGGAAGAGCUUCCCUGGAGCAGGACCUAGCUAAAGGAGUAGCCAACCUGAAGCUCUCCUCCAUCGGUCUCCAGGACAACCGACUAUUCGACUGUCGGGUCGCCAUCCCCAAAGGAUGACAAGGGUCAGCUGGCUGACACCACCCGUCUGGUGG